UUUUUUCACCCGGCUCCGGUUUCCCUCGCACAAACCCCCAAAAUCCAAACUCCCCAAUUCCAUCGCCCCCCCAUCUCUCCCCUCCCCCGAUCGCAGGCCGAUCGGCGGCGGCGGCGAUGGCGCCCGUGCGCAAACGGAUCGAGAUCGACUGGCAGGAGGUUUUCACCUCCCCCGACCGCGACGCCAGCGUCUGCUUCGAGUCCCCCUCCUCGGCGCCGCAAAACUCCCGGGCCGCGGCGGCGGCGAGGGGGCCCCUGGCUGGGGGCGCCGCGAGGGCGUCGUCGGACGACGAGAAGCGGCGCGGGACCCCCUACCCCACCCGGAGGCUUGGGAGCCUGCGCGGCGGCCUCGAGCAGCGGCGCGGCCCCGGCGCGGUCGCGGACGACGGGGCGGCGCCCCGCCGGGUGACGCGCGCGGCCGCGCAGGCUGCUGCUCGGGGAACGGCUGCUCGUUCCGAUGCUACCGACGUGUAUAGCUUCACUCAGGAGGAUGAGGCGGGGGAAGAUGCGGGCCGGAAAUACUCUCCCAAUUCUAUUGGAAAAAAGAAUUAUGGCGUGCUACCUAUUGUUAAACGCAAAAGCCAAGGGCAUGUUGGACCGAGGACUAUACCAGUGGUUAAGAUGUACUCAAGCCAACCAUUUCCAAAAUCUGGGAACCAGCGGAGGGCUCAUUCCAUUGAUCCAGAGGUUUCCGAUCGUGGAAAAUGUCAGCAGAGUGAAAGUUUCAGUUUCAGUAGAUUUUCCAAGAGGAGGAAGGAACAGCUUCAGGAAUCAUCCUCCGUUUAUUCUCGAAAGGUUCAAGAUGUGGUUCUAUUGGAUGAUGAAGAUAUGCAAACUGAGGGAGAAGUAAACUAUGAGAUUUCUGGCAUACGGAAUGAACCAAAGAUAUACUACCCAUCAAGAGAUGAUCCAGAAGCUGUGGAGCUCACCAGCUCAGAUAUUAAAUGUCUUGACCCUGGAGCAUUUUUGUCAUCACCGGUGAUAAACUACUACAUCCAGAACAUCAAAAGGACCAGAUUGCACCAUGAAGAUUGCAGAGACAAAUUCUACAUAUUUAACACAUAUUUUUAUGGAAAGCUUGAAGAAGCAUUGUGUCCGCUGGGUGACUUCUCAAAGUUGAGAAGAUGGUGGAAAGGUGUCAAUAUAUUUCAUAGAGCAUACGUCAUCUUGCCAAUCCAUGGGGCGGCACACUGGAGCUUGGUAAUCAUUUGCAUGCCUGCGAAAGAGAGUGUUUCAGGACCAAUCAUACUUCAUCUGGACUCCCUUGGGAUGCAUCGCAGUACUAAGAUCUUGAACACAGUUGGGAGAUACCUUGAAGAAGAAUGGCGGCACUUAAAGAAGAAUCCUUGUCCUGACACAUCAGUUUCGGAGAUAAUAUGGGAGGAUCUUCCAAAUAAUAUACGUAAGGAAAAAGUUCAGGUCCCACAACAGAAUAAUGCGUAUGACUGUGGCAUCUUCAUGCUUUAUUACAUCGAACAGUUUAUAAUAGAGGCACCAGAAAGGUUCACGAUAGAUAACCUUGACAUGUUUAAUUGCAGUUGGUUCAAACCUGAAGAUGCUUCUGGGCUAAGGCUGAGAAUAAGAGAGCUACUGCAGGAAGCAUUUGAAAGUGCCAGGCUGGAUGAUGCUAUGUCAGAAGCAGCCGCAUCUGAUGGCUCUUAUAUUGGAGACAGCAUAAAGGGUGGAGAAUUGGAAGCAGAUGCACCUUCUGACAGUUCAGAAAUGGUCUUAGAGUUCGGAAACACUGGCAAGAGCAAUGAUGGCAUCAAGGUUGCAGCCUCAGGAGAGUCAGGCAACUCUGGUAAGUGUGAUGAAGGCAUCAAGGUAGCUGAAUCAGAAGAAGCAAGUGCAGAGUCUGGAGAUGCUGGGAGAAGUAUUGAAGGAUAUGUUGCAGAUUCAGAGGAAGAAAGUGGGGAGUCUGGAGAGGCUGGUAAGAGUGUUGAAGGCAUCAAUGUUGCAGAACCAGAAGAAGCAAGUGGAGAAUCUGGAGAUGCUGGUAAGAGUAUUGAAGUUAUCGAUGUUGCAGAAUCAGAUAAUGCAAGCGAGGAGUUUGGAUAUGCAGGUGAGACUAAGAAAGGCAUCAAGGUUGCAGCAUCUGAAGGAGCAAGUGUGGAGUGUGUAUCCACUGAUAAGAGUAUGGUGUCUGUAUUAGACAAAGCACCGGCUAGCAACAGCAAAUGUGUUGAAAACACUGCAGGCUGCGCUCUAUCAGAAACAGCUUCAUUUUCUGAUAGCAUGAAAGACGAAGAAGGUACCAUGAAAGCAGACUCGGGCAGCUCAAAAACUGAGAAAGAAGGAUUGAUUGCAAUUCUAUCGCCAAAAAGGCCGAGGAACGAGGGGGCCAUUCCUAGGACACCCAUUCCAAAUGUAGUUUGUGACAGCUGCGACAGCGACAACCAAACCACGGUGAAGAUUGUAAGAGUUUACAGAAAAAGUCCCCAAAAAGUUUCCGCCCUAUUAACUUGGGAUUGCUGACCUGAGGGGCCAAGCACGGUACUUCUGUUGCUUUCCCAGGAAGGUGGGAAACAAUGCCAGAUGUCAGCAACGCUACUUUGAGGUGGCUGGUAGUACCAUAUGCCUCGAUGGCCAGAUGUUACCCGUUGCUGUGUGCCCACCCGAUAUCCAAGAAGUAAACCGAAGACUUAGCAUGCAGUGUGCGGGUCAGACACAUGACCAUCUCAUUUUUUUUUGCUCUCGGGUCCUUGCUCCUGGUAGCAGCUUUUGUGUAGGAAGUAGGAACGCCAUGGGCAUGGGCGCGAGACAUGUAAAGUGUACAGGGUUAAAGUAGUUAACCAUAGAGAGAGAGAGAGAGAGAGUAUCCAGGAUGGAAAUUGUGGGUGUUACACCUUCGGACACCAGCAAGUGGUGCAUACAUUCCGUUCUGAGAUAAUCUAUUGAAAAUUGAAAUUGUAGCAUGGUUCAGCCA